GGGCUCUGUGCCCAUCAUUCCAUGUCCUCCAAUCUCUAGUUCUCCCCCCAGCAUCUGUUCAGGGGUUUCUACCUUGCAUGCAUACUCACCUCUAUUCAGCCCAGCCUAGUAAACCAUCACUGUCGAUGCUGAUGGCCCAUCCAACAUGAGCCCUAUAUGUUCUUGCCCUUCUCUAAUCCAAAGAUCUUGACUUCCAUCCAGUUCAGCAACCCACCUCCAUGACCACAUCCUUGACUUUGUCUUCAGUGGGAAGUGCUCCAGCUCUGAAAGCUUAAGCAUUAUAAUCCCCUCUGCUCUGUAACCUUCCAUGUUCUACCUUUCUUAUGUUCCUGGAAGCAGCUAAUCUAAUGGGGAAAUGGGGGCAAGUUUUAGAAGCAGAGAUCUGGGUUUAAAUGUUGGCUUUGCCACUUGCUGGCUGUGUGACCUCAGAGAAUGCUGGUCUCUCCGGUCUCUCGUCCCCCUCUGGGCUUCAAGGUCAGUCAUUUCAUUUCUCUGAUGUUCCACCACAUGGCUCAGGUUAACACCAAGCCUGGGACAAUGCACCACUUCCAUGCUUCACUCUUGCUCUUGGACUGCCCAGAACAUUUAGCUUGGCCAGGGAGGCCCUGCACAUUUCUGUUUCUGAAGCUUCUCAUAAGGGAGGAGGAGGAGGAAGACAAGGAGGAGGAGGAGCAAUAUGAGGAGAAGGAAGGGGAGGAGGAAGAGGAGGAGGAAGAGGAGGAGGAAGAAGAGGAGGAAGAGGAGGAAGAAGAGGAGGAGGAGGAAGAGGAGGAGGAAGAUGAGAAGGAGAAGGAAGAAGAUGAGGAGGAGGAGGAAGACAAGGAGGAGGAAGACAAGGAGAAGGAGGAGGAAGAAGACAAGGAGAAGGAGGAGGAAGAAGACAACGAGGAGGAGGAGGAAGACAAGGAGCAGGAGGAGAAGGACAAGGAGGGAGGAGGAAGACAAGGAGGAGGAGGAAGAUGAGGAGGAGGAAGAGAAGGAAGAGGAGGAGGAAGAGGAGGAGGAAGAUGAGGACAAGGAAGAUGAUGAUGAGGAGGAGGAAGAAGAUGAGGAGGAGGAAGAUGAGGAGGAGGAAGACAAGGAGCAGGAGGAGAAGGACAAGGAGGGAGGAGGAAGACAAGGAGGAAGAGGAGAACAAGGAGGAAGAGGAAGAUAAGGAGGAGAAGGAGGAAGAUGAGGAGGACGAGGAGGAAGAGGAGGAGGAGAAAGAAGAGAAGGGGGGGAGAAGCAGUCAAAACAGGAUUAUAAAAACGGUGGAAUAUUUUAUGUUUAGAGGAAAUACCCCAACCCCAUCCUUGAUGCCUUCACUUAUGUGGAAGAAGAAAUCACAUUAGCAUAACAAGUGGCAUGAUUUACCAUCUUGGUGAGCUUGAAGGAGCUGGGCUUGGACAGCUGCUCUGUGAUCUUCUACUCCAUGGUCUAGAAGGGUUGCUCCUUCCUCCUGCUAGGGAAGGCUUAGGUCAAGAGCUGCCAGUGACUGGGAGGGGAAGUUAGCCUAAAUCAGUAGAGUAUUAGGAAGAUCACUUGUCUGCAAAUGUAUGCUGCAUUCUCUAAUAUAAGCUUAUUUAGUAAUAAAGGUAAACUUUUGGCA